AAUCAUCACGAACUCUUAGCUAUUGAAAAUAAAAUUCAAGACUGAUUUCAGAAUGUCACUGGUUAGUAAGUUGUCGUUAUUAGUUGGAAAUAAAGAUUUGGGAAAUAGUGUACGAAGAAUAAUGGCUAGAGUAUUUGAUGAUCAAAUUUUGACAAAAUAUUCAUUAUAUGGCUUCAAGAAGAAAUCACCAUUUUCUAAAUUGCUGAUCUACCGUGUUAUUAUUGAUGCACUAAGAGCCCAUAUCAAGUAUAAAAUGCACACAGAAAAAGAAAUUGAUAUACCUCUUGGAACCUGGCUUUCCCAUGCCCCAUUUAGAAUUAAAGACAAGGCUAAAAAACAAGUGACUUUACAUUCAUCUCAAACUUAUUCAGUUUAA